AAUGGGAAAGUGGCUGUGGAGUACAAUUCCUCCCAGGAGGAGCCCAUGGACUCCUUAACAGAAGAGGAACUGAAGGGGCUUGUUCAGGGAGCUGGAUGCAACAGAAGUGACUCAGCAGAUGCUGCUCACACUGCUCCUGACAACAGCCCUCCUGGAAACACUCUCACACAGAUGCUCUGGCAGAGACAGAAGGAGGAAUGAUGGAAGCAGAACAAUGCAGCAAACUGAACACACCAGCUCAAGCCCCAGGAGCCUUCCUUCAGAGACCACAAAAGGGUAACACUUGGGUUCUCCUGAGCCUGCCCAGCACUGGUGGGGAUCUCAGCAACCCCAAGGGUCACAUUGCCAGGACAAGUCCACCUUCCCCUCAGCACCUCUGCAGGCAGGAGGGGGUAAAGCCAGUCAGGAGCUGAUGGUGAUGCUGCACAGCCUUCAAUGCACGGGCUGGACCAGUGGAACUGGUAGAAGGAAACUGUUUUCUAGCAAAGGGACUGGUGUCUGAGCUCCAGAACAAACUGCACGAGGCUCAGAGUGUGGUGGCUGUGAAAAACACCAUCUCACCCCUGCUAAUGCCUGCAGGACCAGGGGCACCACAUUCCAGCUGUGGAGGGAGAGACAAGCAUGGGCUGGCUGGCAAAGGAGCAUGACUUAGGUCUGAACCAGGCAGCACAAAACCCCUGGGAAGCAACUGGCAGGUUAAACCUCACUGACAACAUGCAGGCAUCACAAACAUGCACAGCUCCUUGAAAACACCCCCUUCCACUCUCCCCAGCAGAGAGUGUUUAGCCUGGUCUUGAGGCCUCAAAACUAAUCCAAUGCUGUGGGAGAGACCAGGAAAACUCAUGGGACAGGAGCCAUGGAGGAUGCAGAGGAAGCACUGCCUCCAAGGCAGGACUACAGAAGCACAGGCAGGGGGACAGCCUAUGCCUGAAUAAAAGGAACCUGCUUUUCUACAAGAGCAAUGUCUGACACACUGACAGAGAGGAAAGCCCAGCAGAGACUAAACACAAAGCAGCAUUUUCUGUGUAAGCUGUGGGAUAACAGCAGCCUUCCCCCUGCAAAGGGCAUGUCAGAGGUGUUCUGUGGCAUGGCCCUGGCCAGGGGGUGGGCAAGAGACCCACAGAGAAGGGAGGAGAGAUACUGGAUGUGUCCUUCUGGAUUACAAGGAACCAAAGGAGCAACACUUUCCUUCUCUCCCAGUGGCAACAUCUGCAGUGACAGGCUCUGGUGUGUGUCAGCAUCUGUCUCAUGGAGCGAGCCCUGCUCCGUGCUGAGGGAUGCUGAGGGAUGCCAGCUGCCCACCCUACCCACUGGCCACCGAACCAACCUGGAAACUCCAGCUCUGGGAAUCCAAAGUGGGACAAAAACUGGGAGUGUAAGCACAGGGCCAUCUCCCUGCCACGCUCUGAGGCUUUCACAACUCCCUGUGCCCUUGCUGCCCAGCCCCCUUGGCUGCAACGCUGGGGAAAGCCAAGCUGAGCCUUCCCUGCAGCUCCCUGCAGCCUGGCACAGGAGCUGGCAACAGGCUGGAAGGAGUUGUCACUUUGGAGGGCUUGAGAAGCACAGUCCUGCUGUGGAGGGCAGCGCUGGACACUCAGCAGGCUCUGCUGCCGCCCCAGGCAGUGGGGACACGAGUUGGAGGGGUUCAGCAGCAGCACUUCUGGCCUGUCCACACUCAGGUGAGUUCCUUCCAAGCCAAGUGGCUGCUCAGACGUGCUCCUGCUCCUUCUCCCAAAGGUGACAUGUGAAGGCAGCGCCCAGCACGGGGAGAGGCAGCAGCUGAGAUGCAUUCGAGCCACGCUGAUGACCCCAAGGAAGCCAUACAGCUGAUCAAGAAGCAGCUGGUGAAUGCCAUCAAGGCCCUGCAGAAGCAGUACGUGACCUCCGACGCCAUCGUGACCAGCGACGAUGGGAACGCCAACACCCUGUGCAGCGCCCUGGAAGCUGUCUUUGUGCAUGGGCUGAAGGCCAAGCACAUCAAGGCAGAGAGUGGAGGGAAAGGGAAGAAAGGAGGAGGCCGAGGAACGCUUCCCCAGCCGGUUUUCUGGGGUCUGCUGAAGAGUAUCACCCACCGAAACAUCGUGUCAGAGCUGGAACAGCUCAUCUUCAUCAACACAGACGUGGGCAGGUGCCGGGCCUGGCUCAGGCUGGCUCUCAACGAUGGCCUCGUGGAGUGUUACCUCAAGCUGCUGCUGCGGGACAGCUCCCGCCUGCCCGAGUACUACCAGCCCUCUGCUCUGCUCCUGGAUGCCGAGGAGUGUGAGUUCCUCCUUAGCUACCUGCAGGGUUUAGCAUCCUUAACCUUUGAGCUCUCCUAUAAAUCAGCAGUGCUGAAUGAGUGGACUGUCACCCCCCUGGCCCUGUCGGGGCUGUGCCCCGCGCCCGAGCCGCUGGAGCCGCUCCCGGCCGAGCCGCGCAGAACGGCCUCGCUGGGCUCCAUCUCCCAGUCCUCGGAUGACACCGACGUUCAACCUCCUGCCUUAGCCAUUGGCAAAGCCAGCAGCAAAGCCAAGCUCACAGCCUCCUCCUUGAGCCUCAACACCACCAGCUCCUCCCAGCUCUCGUCCAGCCUGGGCUCCGACAGCAUCCCCCCGGCCCCCGGCGCCCGCAGCCCCGAGCCGCUCUCCUGCGACUCCGACCCGGGCACGGCCACUGCUGGGGACCUGGACACAUCGCUGCAAGAGGUGUUGUCUGAGUUCAGCAAAGCCAAGCCAAGCCUGGAAGGCCCUGAGGGACGACCAGUGCCCAGCGAGCUGAGCCGCUCCCCAGCCACAUCGCCCAGCCCCCUGGCACCGGCCCACGCAGCUCAGCAGCCACCCCCUCCCAACAGCAUCAGCUCAGGCUGUGCCCAGCUGGGCAGCACAGUGACCAGCAGCCAAGGGGGUGGAGAUGCAGCUCAGCACACCAGCUGCACAGGCAGAGGAGACACGGGCAGCAGUGGCACACGCGGUGGCACAGAGGCAAAGCAGCCAGCCCGCAGCCCCACGGCCGAGCACCUCCUGUCCCCUCUGCUGGGCUGCCCGAAAAGAAAGAGCUGGAUCUCAGAGGAUGAUUUCUACAGGCCCUCUGCAGGGGAUGCCAGCGAAAGCACAGCCAGCACCAAUGGCUUUGGGCCAGAGGAGGCUGCUGAGGGCCCAGCCCCAGGGCUCCUGAGUGCUCUGGACCUGCAAAGGCCGGCGCUGCCGCCCUCGGACGACGAGAAGCCCAAAGGGUCGCCUGAACGGGAGCAGAAGGGCUUCAGCGUGGUGCAUCGCAGGCAGAUGGGUCUUUCCAACCCUUUCCGUGGGCUGCUGAAGCUGGGCAGCCUGGAGAGGAGGGGAGCCAUGGGGCUGUGGAAGGAGUUCUGGUGCGAGCUGUCGCCGCUGGAGCUGCGGCUGGAGCUGAGGCAGGACGGCCGCGUGUGCCGGGAGAGCUUCUCGCUGCUGCGCUGCGAGGCCCCGGCGCCCAGUCACGCCGACGGGCGCUUCCAGCUCACCUUCCUGGGCAGGAAGCUCCACCUCAGAGCCUCAGGCCGGGAUGAGGCCGAGGAUUGGCUGGACAGGAUCCGGGAGGCGUUGCACAAGUGCCGGCCGCAGCUGGGGGAGGGGGAGGAGGAGGAGGAGGAGGAGGAGGAGUGGGAGACGCUGGAGGAUCUGGAGGAUGGGGGCGAAGGGCAGCCGGCUCAGGGGGACUCUGCUGCUCUGCUGCACUACAGCAACGUGCCUGGGGGCAGCCAGGACUGGACUGUGACAGCAGAGCCCGAGCUGGAUGCCAUCAAAGAGGCCGUUCUCUACAUGGACCUGGACAAAACCUGGGUCCCUUUCGUCUUCUCCCUCUCCUCUGAAACUCUGAAGUGCUUUAAAGUCAGGAACAAUGACAAAAUCUUAAGCAACAGCUACAGCAUAGGCAGCAUCCAGGACAUCCUCCCAGACAGCAGCCUGGGGGGACCUGCCUUCUUCAAGGUGCUCACCUCCAAAGCCGUGCUGAAGCUGCAGGCCGAGAGCGCCCCGGAGGCGGCUUCGUGGCGGGAGCUGGUGCGAGACGCCCUCACGUCCUACCUGGAGAGGGCAGAGGAGGCUCUGAGCCUGGCUGGCAGCUUGGAUGGGCACUGCCAGCUCAUGCUCAAGAACACUGUGAAGGAAAAUGGCUUCAUGUUGCAAUACCUGGUGGCCAUCCCCACGGAGAAGGGCCUGGACUCGCAGAGCUACAUCUGUGCAGGCUGCUCCAGGCAGAUCGGCUUCUCCUUCAGCAAGCCCAAGCUCUGCUCCUUCUCUGGCCUCUACUACUGCGACAGCUGCCACCGGGACGACGAGACGGUGAUUCCCUCCCGCCUCAUCCACAACUGGGACCUCAGCAAGCGGGGGGUGUGCAGGCAGGCCUUCAGGUUCCUGGGGCAGAUCGAGAAGCAGGCGCUGCUGGACGUGCAGCGGGUGAACGAGAGGCUGUACGAGCACGUGGAGAGGAUGGGACGCAUCCGGCGCCGCCGCGAGCAGCUGCAGCUGCUGGGGGAUUAUCUCACCGUGUGCCGCAGCGGGGCCCUGAAGGAGCUCAGCAAGAGGCUGGACCACAGGCACUACCUCUUGGAGUGUCCCCACAAGUACAGCGUGGCCGAUCUGAGGCAGAUAGCUGAUGGUGUCUUUGAGACCUUCCUGCAGUCUCUGCUCCAGUUUGCCUCCCACCACGUUUACAGCUGUGACCUGUGCACCCAGCGGGGCUUCAUCUGCCAGAUCUGCAACAGCAGUGACAUCAUUUUUCCCUUUGAGUUCGACACCACGAGCAGGUGCAGCGAAUGCAAAACCGUCUUCCACCGAGCGUGUGAGGCUGGGGCCGGGUCGUGCCCGCGCUGCGAGCGCCGGCGCCGCUACCAGCGGCUGCUGCAGGGCGAGGCUGCUGCAGAGAGCGGCCGGUAGCACGGACCGGCCCCUCCGGCCCCGACCCCGCCGCUACCAGCGGCUGCUGCUGGGCGAGGCUGCUGCAGAGAGCGGCCGGUAGCACGGACCGGCCCCUCCGGCCCCGACCCCGCCGGUCCCAGCGGCCGCUGCAGAGAGCAGCCGGUUCCUGCGGAGCGAGGCUCCCGCCGGGCAGAGCCGACCCCGCGACCCAGCCACCCCGCCGCCGCCUCGGCUCCUCCUCCCCAGGGCCCGGCGGGGGGAUGUGAUCCCGCCCCGGGGCUGCCGCUGCGCCUCUCGAGGCUGGGGAUGGAUGAUGUGAGCGGCUGCUCCUGCCCCACCUGAGCAAAGGGCAGCCGCAGCUUCCCAGCCCCCUACUCACACUAAGCCGCGGAUGCCCCCGGGAACCCUUCUGGUGCCAAGCUGCCGCCUCCCCUGCGGGGCCAGCCCGGGGGCUGCGGGUCGGGCUUUGCAGGCGAGGCUGUGGGUGACUGACACUGACUAAAGCUUUAGUUUUUUAGGAUGUUGGGUACUGAAGAACCGGUAUUUUUUUACUGGGGGGUAUGGGGGGGGGGGUUGCACAAGCUGCCCUGCCCCGGGGAGGGGGACAAAGUGACACUCGUGCCUUUGGGAGGGACCCCAAAGGGUCACUCCGGGCUGGGGGGAGCAUCUGCCAGGGAAGGGGCUGCUCCUCCCUCUCCAUCCUCGGGGCUCGUUUUAUUUGCCUCUCACAGCGCCCCCUCACCAAGCAAAAGGAAUAAAAGUUGAUUUAACAACCA